CCGGGAUGCGGAAGCAGCAGCGCGGGGCUGAAGGUGAGGCUGAGGAUCCCGGAGAGAAGGAAAACGCGGAGCUGGAAUCGGAGCUGAGCGACGCUGAGCACUACAGGAAGGAAGUGGGGCUGGAACCGGAACCAGAUCUGUUCCCAAAAAGGACCCGAAGUCCUUCAGGUUCGGCCCCACAGCGGAAACGACGGCGUCGUGACCCACAGGAACAGAAACAGAGCCCAGAUCGGCCCCAUAGGGCUGGAGGGAAAAAGGGGAGGACCCCAAAGAAGAGUGGGACCCCAAAUCGGCCCUUUAGGAUUCAAGGAAAAAAGGGGGGGACCCCAAAAAACAGUGGGACCCCAAAUGGGCCCCAUAGGGCUGGGGGGAAGAAAAGGGGGAUCCCAAAGAAGAGUGGGACCCCAAAAAAGAGUGGGACCCCAAAUCCUUCCCCUAUGGGAUCGGGAACCCUAAAUGUGCUCCAUAGGGCUGGGGGGAAGAAAAAAGGGGACCCCAAAUGUGCCCCAUAGGGCCGGGGGUGGGGCAGGCCGGGUGGUGGGGGGCAGA